AUGCGCGGCAGUUGAAGUUUCAAAUUGAAAUUGAAAAUCAAAAAAUUUAUUCAUCAAAAAAGGAAGCAAAUUUUGGAAGAAUAUCGCCAUGAAUCAACAACGUAGACAAUUCAAAGGUUUGAUUGAACGGAAAAAAUAUUACAUUCAAGAAUUUUUUCAGAAAUUGGCCGAAAGCGAUCCUGAAAAUCUUCAUUUUAGUAAAAAAGAAUUUAUUGAAAUACAUGGAUUCUUGAGAAAGGAGGCCAUGUGUACUCCCUGGCUGUACAAAUUGAUUGAGACAAUCGUUGAAGAUGGAAUUUUUAUUGAUGAUUCUACAUUGGAAAUUAACAAAAUAGAUUCAAUCGAAUCGACGGAAUGUACUGACAAUCGAAUCGCUCAACUACAACAAUCACUGGAUGAACAACACGAAUACAAAAGAUUAAUUGAAUUUAACCGUAAUCUUCUCAAAAAACGUGGAAAUCAAGAAUUCAAUCAUAGAAACACAACUGAAAAUAAUUUGGAUAUUAUUGAAUCUUGUCAAAAAAUGAAACAAUCCAUUAAUGAAACAUAUGAAAGUGGUGUAGGCAGCCAACUUGAUAAUAAUAAAUUGGAUAAUUUCAUCAAAGAAUCAUUGUUCCGGCUAAAAGAUGUCAUCGACCAUUACAAUCAAUCAAUAUCUUUAAUCUCUGAGCGUUUCAAGAAUGAUGUUCGAAAUGAAAUCGAUUCUAUUCUUUUAAAAUAUUUGAAAAUGAAAUCAUUGAAUGAAUGUGAUAACGACUUAUCGGACUUGAAUGAUUUUGUUGAAGCAAAUUUAAUGCCAUUCAAAAGUCGUUUAAGUAAAUUGAUCGAACAAUUGAUUGAAUUUAAAAAUUUGCUUGAAAAAUAUCAAGAAAAACUUAAUCUAUACUAUGAUCAUUGUCAACUUCGAAAUGAAUUGAAAAUGUUAAAAAAUCCGAUUGAAGAACAAUUGGAUGAGAUUCGAAACAGAUUUAUAACGGUAAAUGAAAUAGUGGGCAAUUAUACAUAUAAUAAUGAUGCUUACGAAGAAAUCUUUACGGCCAUCCAAAAUCUCAAACCCGAAUCGAUUUACGAAAAAAUUUUACAACUAAUUCGAAAAUUUGAUUCGGAAAAAAUGCUUCUCGAACAUGAACUCGAGCUUCAAUUAGCUUAAUAUAAAGGCAAAUGUGGAUAUGGUAUCGUUUGUCAACAAUUUUUUUCAAACUUUGGCAAACUUUAAAUCAAGUGUUUAUUGACAACACAAUUAUCACAUAUCAUUUUACAACAUUCAUGUUUAUUUUCGAAAUAU